AUGACAUCGGAUAUAAAGAGCGCUGGCAAUUCUUCAGAUGGGCAGCGGAGGGAUAGCUGCGAGAGGAGCAGCCUGCAGGACAAAGACGCUGAGUCCCUUGUGGCCUAUGAGAAGAUGCUGUCAUAUGCCGGCUGCAGUGUAAACUCUAGGAUACGCGUUCUUCAGAAAGCGCUCAGAUGCUCUCCCAAGAAUCUCCGCGCCCUUGACAGCCUUGCUUCUCUCCACGAGUCCUUGGGGUUGUACGAGUUAGCAGCGAAUGAAUGGUUUCAGAUCCUUGAGAUUAGGAGGAAGAGGAAUGUCUCCUGCUAUGUAUCCAUGACUGCCUUUGAGACGGCUCUAGAGUUUGACCCGAACUCGGUCGAAGCUUACAAAGAGCUUUUGAAGAUCGCGGCAUCGGACAAGCACACUGACUGGACUCAAGCAUGGUGGUGGUCAUCGCUCGAAGGAAACGUUGGGGUCACACAGGCGAUCCAAGACCUCGACAGACUCUUCCAGCAUCAGCUGCAAGAGCAGAAAUUCUUGUCCGACCUGCAACGAGAGAUUCAAGUGACGUGGAGGUCGAGGAAGCCUCUGAUCAACGCAACCUGCCUCCUCUCUCAUCAAAAGAAAUUGAAAAGGCUCGCAGAGAUGAGAUUCGCUUCGACUGCCCGUGAAUAUCGGAAGAGGCAGGCCAUUCUUGCUAGUUUACACUCUGACAUCGGAGAAGUGAUGUACACACAUGGGCCCGAUCGCUCGUUUGCCGUAGAGAAGCAUCAGACAGCGCUGGCUAUUCAUCCUCAUUGUAUUCCAGCUUCAAUCAGGUUGGGACAGUUGCUGCUGUCGUCCAUCAAGGACGGAAAUCAGCACGAGAACUCUCCGUCAGAUUUCUUCAAAGACUCGUCGAGCAAAGUGAUGAAGGCCUAUGCUGCUUCUAAAGCUGUGAUCGCACGAAUUUCCAACGCGAUGAAAAUGUCACAUGGUCACCUCAGCAGUGUCACGAGUAAGUGGUGGGGGAACGUGGACGGGUCAAGCAUGUAUGCUGCCUUGCUCGACAUGCUUUCGUCACUUGCCGCCUCCAAGAAGAUGAGAUUAGCGGAAAACCUCUUAAGAGACUGUUCUUCUGCUUGGCCGAACAAUACGCAAGUUGCGUUCUUGUUUGGGUUUUGUGAGAUGAGGCUGGGGAAACUCAAAGAGGCCGAGACGAUCUUCCAGCGCUGCCUCCGCGUGGAGCCGAACAACUCACAGGCUCUUGCAGGUCUAACGGAAGUCCGUCUACAUCAAGGGCUUGAGGGGAACGCAGAAGUGGGGGAGAUGAUCUUGAGAGCCGUCAGUUUGUCUCCCCAGGAGCCUUUCGUGCUGCAUGCUAGCGCUUUCUUCUCGUGGAAGAGUGGAAGAUUGUCUCAGGCGGGAGAAAUGCUGGAAAGAAUCGACGGCCAAAUGAUCAGAAUCUUCGACGAUCCAUGGGUAGAGGAGGCAAGGUUGCAUGCCACAGCCGCAAAGCUCAGUUCGAGGCAUCCAGUGAGGAGGAGGAGGGAGGAAGACGACAAGACCUUGUCUGCGUGCUUCAACCGACACGACUCUGUCGAGCUUGUGGGCACCUUCAAGGGUGAAGACGAGCGCUCUCCUGCGAAGAGGAGGAAGCUCCUUUCUGAACAGCAGGAGGACGCAGGGGCCGCAGCACCCGACGAGAUCGUGAGGAGGGUGCCGAUGGACCUUAGCUUCCUCCGCUCCAGCCGCCUCAUGCAGACAGCCGAGUCCUUCCUUGAAGCCGCCAAGAUGCACCAGAAGUUCAUCGAGGAGCACAUGGCCAACAAUCGCACGGCCACCAUGUAA